UCGGACAGACAAACCCACGCCGAGCAGCGUCCUGCGAAAAGGGAUUUUUCAGGAUUCCAAACCGCGAUGAGUGAGUUUACAGGAAGCGCGUUUUCCGUCACGCGGCGACAGUCCAGAAAUACAGUCGUGCGCCUGGCCUUCCUCCCAGUGCGCUUCGAACUGUUCCUGCAGUUGCUCCUGCAGUGACCCAGGUGCUCGUCGGAGGCGCUUCAUAGGCGCAGGAUGGGGACACGCGCAUUGACAGGGGUGGCAGUGUGCUACGCCUUGUUGGUUUCCUUGACCGGAGCAGCAGGGCAGUUGUUGGACACAACCCACCCAGAACAUAAGCAGGCAUCGCCGCUCCAGCCCAGCCCCCUCAAACGCUACAACGGCCCGCCGGAAUGCAACCCCACUCGCGGCCACGCGCUGCCCAAGCACUGCCAGCAAUCUUCCCGGCUUGUGGCCGCGCGGAAAGAAGACAACCGCAACAUCCCCACAAUCGGAGACGACGCGGUCUACAGAGGCCCGCCCGAGUGCAACCCUAUCCGUGGACAGGCACUGCCCGACUACUGCAAGCAAUUGUCCGGCCAAGCCGUGAGUCCUUCCUCGGGAAGAAGCCCCGACAGGCGUGUGGUGUUCCCGGACUCGAUCCCGCCUACGACUACUUCGUCGAAACCUUACCGCCCAGCCCGCGCCACCCCCGUCCCCGCCGACGCGGAGGAGGCGGAGGUGGAGGACGAAGACGUGUACGUGCCGUUCGCGGGCCAGCGGCUGGACGCCUUCGACUGGCGGCUGGUGCGCGCGCUGGACGCCGUGGCGCGCACCAACGCCGUGGUGUCGCCCGUGGGCGUGAAGAUGGUGCUGGGGCUGCUGCACGAGGCCGCGUCGCGCGACUCGGCCACCGAGCUACGCCAGGCGCUGGGCCUGCCCGCCGCCCGCCCCAGCGCACGCGGCACUUUCCGGCGCAUUCUGCAAUCCCUGCAGGAAAAGCAAGAUGGUUACAUCAUGAAAGUUGGAAACAGAGUCUUCCUAGACAAAGCUUAUGAACCUCGUUCAAGUAUUGUUAAAAUUUACCAAUCAUUUUAUAGUGCAGAAAUUGAACAAACUGACUUUAGGACUCCAGCGACAGUGAAGCCUUCAAUCAAUAAAUGGGUCUCUAAUUUUACAAAUGGAUUAAUAAAUCAACUAAUAACAAAUGAUCGGCAGGUACAAGAUCUUGUUUCCAUGUUGUUGAAUGUAAUUUACUUCAAAGGAGAUUGGCUCUUUCCAUUUCAAAAGCAAAAAACUUCAACAGGACCAUUUUAUGUGGACUCAGAAAAUACAGUAACAGUAGAUUACAUGUACAUUACAAGAGAUUUGUUUUAUAGUGAAUCCAAAACACUUGAUGCAAAGUUUUUGAGAUUGCCAUACAAGGGAAAUAAAUAUUCCAUGUUCUUUAUACUUCCAAAUAAAAAACAUAAUCUCAAUCAAACAAUUCAACUCAUAACCCCUGAAUUAGUGAGGGAGCAACUGUAUUCCCUCAAUAAAACAGAAGUGAAGGUUAAACUACCUAAAUUUAUAUUCCAGUACACUGUUCAUCUGAAGGAACUUUUACAAAAGGUGGGAAUUUCCAGAAUAUUUACACAGAGUGAUGAAAUUAAUAUGACAAAAAAUAAGACAAAUAUGAGGAUUUCAAAAGUGAUCCAAAAAGUUGGUCUAGAAGUUAAUGAAGAAGGAACACAAGCUACUAGUGUAACAGAGGUAUCGCUUGAAAACCAUUUUGGUGGUCCAAUAAUGUUUGCUGCUAACCAUCCAUUUUUGUUUUUUGUUGAAGAAGAAAAGACUGGAACUAUUGUGUUCAUUGGAAAAGUGAUUGAUCCUAGUUAUGUAAAAACUGCACUGAACUCUACCACAUCUACAAGACAACCUCCUAUAGAGAGAAAUUUUGACACUCUACUGGAAAAAGAUUUUUCGAGGGAUGUCUUGGUUCAGUCAGAUGGUAAACACACACCUCCUCUGGUACCCUCUGAAUGAAAAUAUAAAUCUUUAAAACAUGAAUUUAAUCAAAACAAAAGUAUUCAAGCUUUAUACACUAAAGUUGAAAAAGUUAGUCAUCUAAUAUCACAACAUUUUGAUUGUACUUUUAAACCCUUUGUUGAAAAAUUACCGAUAGUAAAAAAUUAUUCUAUUAAUAAAACCUAUGCAAUAGAAUAUUUUAAAAUAAAAUAGAGAAGGUAGAAAUGUAACUGGUUAUUCCAGUCCAAUACUCAAAAGGAUAUGUUAAAAUUCAUACUUUUUUUUUUAUAAUAAAACCACUGACAAUGAAUAUACACCAUUAAAAUUCUUAUAAAACUAUAAAAUAUUGUUAUUGUACAACAAAUUCCAUUUUACUAUCACCAAUGAAUUUACAAUAAAUGUAUAUUUAUCUUUGGUAAAGAUAAUGUUUCAUUCUUGAGUGGGUAGAACUAUUGAGUGAAUAUAGUUGAAUUGUUCUAACUGGGCCACCUGAAACAAGAACAAUAUCGACAACAACUUAUGGGAAAAUUUUUUGGAAUACAAAAUAGAUCAAUAUUAAAAGCAAACCUGAUGAUUGCACAAAUCUAUUGCAGUUUUUCCAGAUUUGGCCUUUUGAUACAUAGUCUGAAAUAACUUUCCGUCAAAAUAAUGCCAUGGUGAAACCUGGGGACAAAGAAAAACUAAGUUGAAAAGAUAUC